AUGGCAACCAAGCUUGAUCCUGAAGAUGUAACCUUGCAUUCGAAUAGAAGCGUUUGCUGGAUUAACUUGGGUGAAGGAGACAAGGCAUUGGAGGCAGCUGAAAUGUGCAGGAUCAUACGUCCUAAUUGGACAAAGGCCUGUUACAGGCAAGGGGCUGCCCAAAUAUUUUUGAAGAACUAUGAAAAGGCAUGUGAUGCAUUUCAAGAUGGUCUGAAGUUGGACCCAACAAAUGUUGAGAUUGAGAAUGCAUUAUGGGAAGCAUUCAACUCGCUCAAGAUAUCUCGUGCCAAGGCAGUCUCAUGA